AUGAAUUUCUUCAAGACGAAGCAGAGGACACCGCCUGAUCUCAUCAGGGCUCUCAGGGACAACAUCCUCAAGCUAGAGUCCGCCCCUCCGGGCGAGGCGAGGAAGAAGCAUCUGCAGGCGAUAAAGGGCAUGCUCUACGGCGAUGGCGACCCCGUCCCCGAACUGCUCGCCCAACUCGCACAAGAAACCUACUCGACAGACCUCCUCUACCUCCUCGUCGCUCACAUCGCCCGCUUCGACUUCGAGGCACGCAAGGACGCCGUCCAGAUCUUCAACAACCUCCUCAGAAGACAGAUCGGGUCGAGAUGGCCGACGGUGGAAUACAUCAGCAGCAAGAAAGAGGUGCUUUUCGCUGCGAUGGCGGGGUACGAGAACGAGGAGGUCGGCUUGAAUACGGGCAUGAUGCUGCGGGAGAUGUUGAGGCAUGAGAGUUUGUGCAAGAUUUUGCUUUACUCGGAGCAGUUCUACAAAUAUCCACACUAUAUCGAGACGACGACAUUCGGGAUCUCGUGUGACGCGUAUUCGUCCCUGAAGGACACGUUGACGAGGCAUAAGCCGAUGGUGGCGGAGUAUUUGGACAAGAAUUAUGAUAGGUUCUUCGCAUCCUUCACCACCCUCAUCCUCUCCACGAACUACGUCACCAAGCGACAGUCCCUCAAGCUCCUGGGCGAGAUCCUUCUCGACCGGGCGAACUUCAGCGUAAUGACGAGGUACAUCGCGAAUGAGGGGAAUUUAAAGAUGAUGAUGAAUUUGUUGAGGGACAAGAGCAAGAAUAUACAGUUUGAGGCGUUUCACGUGUUUAAGGUCUUCGUCGCGAACCCGAAGAAGCCGCCGCAGAUUGAGGCGAUAUUGAGGAGGAACAAGGAGAAGCUGCUUGUGUUCUUGAAGGGCUUCCAUAAUGAUAAGGACGAUGAGCAGUUCACCGACGAGAAGCAGUUCCUCAUCGUGCAGAUACAGCAACUGUAG